AUGGCACAGAAAGGAGUUCAGCUGGACCGAGAAACCUUCUCUUGUUCCAUCUGUUUGGAUCUACUGAAGGAUCCGGUGACUACAGCCUGUGGACACAGCUACUGCAAGAACUGUAUUAAAGGUUUCUGGGAUGAAAAGGAGAAGGAGAAGAAAACCCACAGCUGCCCUCAGCGCAGGAAGACUUUCACACCGAGGCCUGUCCUGGUUAAAAACACCAUGUUAGCAGCUUUAGUGGAGCAGCUGAAGAAGACUGGACUCCAAGCUGCUCCAGCUGAUCACUGCUAUGCUGGACCUGAAGAUGUGGCCUGUGAUUUCUGCACUGGGAGGAAGCUGAAAGCCAUCAAGUCCUGUUUAUCUUGUCCAGCCUCUUACUGUGAGAAACACCUCCAACCUCACUAUGAUGCCGCUGCAUUACAGAAACACAAGCUGGUGGCCCCCUCCAAGAAGCUCCAGGAGAACAUCUGCUCUCGUCAUGAUGAGGUGAUGAAGAUUUUCUGUCGUACUGAUCAGCAGAGUAUCUGUUAUCUCUGCACAAUGGAUGAACAUAAAGGCCAUGAAACAGUCCCAGCUGCAGCAGAAAGGACUGAGAAGCAGAAGGAGCUCGAGGUGAGACGACUAAACAUCCAGCAGAGAAUCCAGGAGCGAGAGAAAGAUGUGAAGCUGCUUCAACAGGAGGUGGAGGCCAUCAAUGGCUCUGCUGAUAAAGCAGUGGAGGACAGUGAGAAGAUGUUCACUGAGCUGAUCCGUCUCAUCCAGAAAAGAAGCUCUGAUGUGAAGCAACAGGUCAGAUCCCAGCAGGAAACUGAAGUGAGUCGAGUCAAAGAGCUUCAGGAGAAGCUGGAGCAGGAGAUCGCUGAGCUGAAGAGGAAAGACGGCGAGCUGGAGCAGCUCUCACACACAGAGGAUCACAACCAGUUUCUACACAACUACCCCUCACUGUCAGCACUCAGUGAGUCUACACACUCAUCCAGCAUCAAUAUUCGUCCUCUGAGCUACUUUGAGGAUGUGACAGCAGCUGUGUCAGACCAGAGAUAAACUACAGGACAUUCU